GCUGACGUCCAUUCUGCUCGAAGUAUUAUGGUCUGUCGGGAAUUCAGAGUGGCUGGGACGGGAGAAAAAUAUCUGCUGGGCUAACGUUAGCGCGCACCGAGCUAGCGGGAGGCAGAGCUGGGGUAAACAUGGAGCUGUCUGCCGUCGGGGAGAGGGUGUUCGCCGCCGAGUCGAUUAUCAAACGGAGGAUAAGGAAGGUGAGCGUGAGAUUUGGCGCGUCGUUUUUCCAAAGAGCAUGGACUAUAAUGUACCAACACAGCUGCCCUGUGAGCUAAUGAAGUCAUUUUUGUGUUUCUGAUGGCAUGCAGGGUCGGAUUGAGUACCUUGUAAAAUGGAAGGGCUGGUCCCCCAAGUAAGUGCUGUUACAUUGUGUCUCUUGCAUGUUUUGAACCCGCUGCUGAGGAGUCAGUAAAGGCUGUGGUUAGCUCAUCAACGCUAGCAAACCAGUCGGAUUAAAACUGUGCAGACCGAUGGAGACUUUAGCUGUCGGGCUAACGCUGUGGCCACCCCCUUAGUGUGUGUGUGUGUGUGUGUGUGUGUGUGUGUGUGUGUGUGUGUGUGUGUGUGUGUGUGUCAGCGCCCUCUUCCUCAGUCUUUCUGUUUCUAUCCACAGAUACAGCACUUGGGAACCGGAGGAAAAUAUCCUGGACUCCCGCCUGUUUGCGGCGUUUGAACAGAGGUAAGAUAAACUGGGGUCAGAGUCGGUGAGUGUAUACAUGUUCAGUAUAUAUACAGGGUGUCCUUUGGUGCACUUUGCUCCCCUGACUCUCUAAAUGGGUGUCACUUCAUUUUCAACAGGGAGCGUGAGAGGGAGCUCUAUGGGCCCAAAAAGAGAGGACCCAAACCCAAGACAUUUCUGCUCAAGGUAAAUGUUGAUUUUAGUCGGGUUUGUAUGCACGGUGCUGAUGACAUGAGGAUAUCUUUAUAUCUGCAUCGACCUGUCAUACCAGUACCUACACGAGGGCAGGUCAGCGCAACGCAGCCCUACACCUCGACCAGUUUCAGGAAGCUAAUGCAUAUCCAGCUUCGAUGACAGCUGAUUAUUGUACUUUAUACUAAACUUCAUUCAUAAACAUCAGGAAGCUAAAUAUGUCAGGAAAAUUUAAAUGUAACACCACCAACUAUGAAAAUUCAAUUUAAACACUCAUCACCUUCUUUCUGACCAUGUCAACAAAAAUUGUAAAUGUAGCAGUUUCAUGAGGUAGAAUUACAUGAUAGUGCCCAGGUGACCAUUCAUAAUAUUAUGGCUGGUGUAUACUGUUGGUUGACCGAUACCUAUUUUUCAAUGGCCAAAUUAUAAAUUAUGCCAAUAUCGCGUUAUCGAUGUUUGCACAUAAAAAAAAUCCUGACUCUAAGAAAUGAGAAUCAUAAAUGCUGGACUUGAGUGAAGUAUGCUGUUGUUGAAAAAACGUGGAGUGUGGCUACUAAGAACUUUGGGAUUUCGUGUUAAGACAGAAAAAAAUAUUUAGAUCAAAAUAAAAAGUCUCAUUAAGGUUUGACAUGCCAUCAUUGAUGAUGGGGAAACACGCUUUUGUGGAUAAUUAUGAUAUCAGCCUUGUGAGGGCCAAUGCUGAAAUUAUGCUGAUCAUGUCAAAAUGCCAUUAAUCAGCCAGAUUCAUCAGUCUAUCUCUAGUGUAUGUGUAUCCUGCUUUCUCUGCCAGUUUUACAGCAUCGGUUUAAAACUGAACUGCUCUGUCACCUGUAAUGUGCAUACCUCCUUACUGAUGCUAACUCUGAUUAUGCAAAACAGCACAACAAUUAGAGGGUGUAUACUCUGCAUGUGUUUUGGCUAAUAGAGAACUGUUGACACAGCAUAAAACCAUAAGCAGUUCAAACCCCUUUGACAAACAGUCAUCAGAUCCUGCAUAUUAUCUGCUGUUGAAGUGACUAGCUUCGAGUCCUUUUCAUUAACGGGUGCAUCUCUGAAAUCAGAUGCAGAAGUACUCUAAGUGUCUUCAGUGAGUGAAACCUGUUAGGUCAAGCAUCAGAGCCUGAUGCAGUCACUGUGAGGUUUCAGCUUUUCAGAACAACAAACCGUGAAAAUCGCUUAAUGGCUGACAGUUUAUCUUGAACAGAAUACCAGAGUCUCCUUGACAGGGCUGUUGCUAAAUCAGGGUUGGGAAAUUCCCUGAUAAAUGCUGUUGCCUGGCAGAAAUCCUUUGCUGCAGCAGUUGUCAACAACACUCUCAACUUUCACAUUUAAAGAUGUGAUGUGCAUGAAUAUAAUAGCUGGACUCUUUGUAAGGUAUUUAUGAAGAGAAAAUCAGCAGUCUUGGUCAGUUUUUCAUGUGAAAGUAGCAGAGGCUCAAGUGUGAAAAAAAAAUUGUGCUAGGAUUGCCAACAUUUUAGUGGGCUGCUUUAGAUUUGGGUUUGUGGUAUUUUGUGCUGCCUGGUUAUCACUCUGUCAUUGCUGUUAAUACGAUAAGUUGAAAAGCCUCACACAGGUUGACUCGUUAAGUUAAAAAAAAAUAAAAGAAGGAAAUAAUAAUAAUAAUAGGGUGGUGUAAUUAUUUCAGAAUAAUCUGAAGUAUUUUUCUUUUUUUCUUACCUUCCAAUAGGCCCAGGCGAAAGUGAAAGCCAAGUCCUAUGAGUUCAGGAGUGACACAGUGCGUGGGAUGCACAUAACCUACCCAACCCCAGAGCCAGUUGUCACCCCCAGAGCCAGAGAGGGCCUGAGAGCUGUCGUCCCCACCAUCUUCCCACCCAGCACUGUCAACCGUGGGGAAAGCGUUCGUGUCCGGCCGCCUGAAUUCAGCAUCCGUGAGCACCAGCAGCCUUCUCUUCAGCACACCAGCCCAGAUGGACUUAUUCACACACCCAAAAAAAGAGGCCCAAAGCCAAAGCCCCGUUUCAAAGACAGCAACCCUGCUGUCUCCGAGUCCCACAAGAGGAGAGCAGAGGAGCAGGUGAGCCCACACAAACUGGCUAAGUACCAGGGGGAUGAAGAGAUAAGGCUGGUGAGAGUGGCCCACAGACAUCCAGAGAACCAUGGUCACAGCCACAAACACCCUCACCACCACCAUUAUCACCAUCACUACCACAUGCACAACCGAGGAAGCUCAGGCGGAGGCUCCUUCAAGCAGUUUUACUCAGACCGCAGCCUGCAUCCACACAGAACGCACAUGGACUCACACAGGACUAAAGACAGCUCCAGCUACCUGGCUCCUGCACACUUCAAGCACCAGUCCAAAAUGAGCCAGAGCCUUACUCGCCCUGCAGAGGAGAAGCCUUACUUCUUGGACAGGCCUUCUCCCGCCAGACUAGAUGACGACAUGGAUGAGGUGACGUGGAGGCCCUCCCUUGGCAAUGUGGAGAAGGUUCUGGUGACAGACGUGACCACCAACUUCCUGACUGUCACUAUCAAGGAGAGCAGCACCUCGAAAGGCUUCUUCAAAGACAAAAGAUGAUUGCUUGGCUGAUUUUUUUUCCUCUGCCAUGCUUUGCUUUAAAUCACUCAAAAGUUUAUGCAUAAUGUGAUCAGUAGGCAAAGCUGUUUUGUAUGUAAUGUAUACUGUAAAAGCAAAUUACAUUCAUGUGCAUAUGUGUAUAUAUUACAAAGUGGGACAUUUAUUGAAUUAAUGUAAUGACCAAAUCAAAUGAAGUCCAUUUCAUGUUUUGCAUCGGUUGAACAUGAUGUUGCAUGUUUCCUUUGCAGAAGCUGGCUACUUUAUGUACAGAGCUUGUGAAUUUUACUAUUUUUCAAGUGUACUAACUAGAAUGUAUUUUUGUCAUUCAAAUAUCUUCCAGCCAGAGCUUGAUCUAAAAAAAUAUAUAAGAAUUGAGGCUUGGAUGUGAAAUUCAGCCUUGGAUUGAACAUUUCUCUAUAAAUUGAACUUAUUGGACUGAAGAGACUCUGUUCGAUGCUUUAGGGAUGUUAUUUAAAAAAUUGACUUGAGCACUUUGAAUUCAAAAGUAUUAUUGAGAAGAAAUCCUUUUGGGUUGUACUCAAAGAUAAGAGUUUGACUCUGAGUUUAAAACGUCUUUAACAUUUCUUAUUUUAAGAAAAAAUAAUAAAUUGAUCUUGGAUAUCCAAUGUGCACAUAACUACCAUUCAUCUUUAACAUAGUAUAUUUUACAUUUUCAUAGAAAACUUUCAUGAAGCUUCACUGUAAUGAAAUGAGUUGGUGUCAAAUAGCUUUUUAGACGCUUUUCAAAUAAAUCCUUUGAAUAUUCUCAUGUGA